GCCCGGGAUAAAAAUAGACACGUUACAUAUUGUGUUAUUCGGUCUAUGCGUUUGUUUUACAUUUUAUAUGGAUCCAUUAAUAAUGUUGAAUUUAAUUAUAUAGAAUAAAACUACUAGGAAUAAAGUUUUGUGAUUUGUUAUGGUGAAAACAAAAUCAUCUUCAUCGCUGGUUUCUUUUUAUAGCUUUUUUCGACUAUAAUGUAGCUAUAGCUAAAUAGGCUAAUAAUUCUGCGCAUUACAGUUCUGGAAGGAAGGAAUAAGUAACUGUUUCGUCAUGACGCGAUACAAAGAGCCGAAACGACUGGAAUGUCUAGCAUUAAUAAGACUUGGAGAUUGGAUAGCAAAGCAAGCGGAAACAAAUAUGAAUCCAAUCGCUUUACUCGCACAGCAAAAUCCGAACACAGCUCAGACAACAUUAAACCAAAAAAUCGAAAAUAUACGACGCCAUUUAGAUUUUUAUGUCCCAUGGAUGCUUUACGAUAAAUUAGCAAAUGAAGCUAUUAAAGCAUUAUCUGAACUUUCUGAAAGAAUGAAACAUUCGUUGGGAUUUCGGGGAUCAAUGGGUAAAUUUGUCAGUCAAAUGAAUGUAAUUGUAAAAAUGACUGAAGUAUUAUUUACGAAAAAUGUUACUUACGUUUCUAUUGAUACGAUACCCAAAAUGAUGCGUUCUGUUUUCUACUCAAAGCUACAUAUGUUGUCUGGACUUGUAUAUUUAAAUUUGGGUUCUCUUUCCGGUGGCUGGAAAACUGCAGAUAUGGAGGAAUCUAUCAUUCAGGCUUUAAAGCAACUACAUUGUCUUAAAUAUUUAUUUAUAAAUUAUGAUUGUACGGAUAAUAUAUUAAAGUGUUUAGUAGAAAACUGUACACAAAUAAUGAAAUUAGACUUGUCGUGUUCAAAAUGCAUCACAAAUGAAAGUAUCAACAUUAUAAAUAAGUUAAAAUAUUUAAAGAGCAUUCAAUUGUAUCACACAUUUGUUACGUGGGAGGGAUAUGUAAACUUAUUGAUUAAUUGUCAAAAUUUAGAAGACGUUGGCCGCUGUGAUGAAAUUGGAAAAGUAUUGGAAUUUAUCCACAUUAACUGCCCCGAAAGUUGUCCACUGAACCUAAAAAUGUACGUCAGUAAAUAUGCUACAAGUCAUCACUUACAACUAGCUGUACAAAUGUGUCCCUAUAUUAGUAUGAUGACUGUGUUCCAUAAUACUUUACAAAGUGAUCUAAUGGUAUUAAUCAGUUUAAAAGAUUUGUAUGACUUAAAACUUUUAUCAUGCGAUUUUUAUGCCGACCAAAUAAAACAAGUUCUUCAAGUUAAAGGAUGUAAUUUAGUAAAGCUACAUCUCGAACACGUAGAUCAAAUUGAUUUGAAUGCUCUUAUGUAUAUCAGUCAGAUGUGCCCUUUACUUGAGACUUUGACUUUCUAUAAUUGUACUUUAAUUCAACAUACGUCUCUAUUUACAAAAAAAUUGGAAAUAUUACCGUUCAGAAACUUAAAGAAGUUAACUUGUGUAUCGAGUUUUACAGAUGAACAAUUGAUGUUUUUAUUGACAAAUUGUAUAAAUGUAGAAUUCAUACAAAUAGGAACAGCGACUCAACUGACUGAUGAAUUCGUAAUGAAAUUAUUAGACAAAAACCCACUGAUUUACUUAAAAGAAUUACGCAUAAUGCAGUCCGAUUUUUUAACUAUGUUAUCUAUAGAAAGAAUAAUACAGAGUUGUAUGAACUUAGAAAUAUUAGUUGAAUUAGAAAGUUGGUCCAUAUUAUCAGACAGUGACCGAGAAUAUAUACGCAAUUAUAUUAAAAUAAAUAAUUACAACGUAGAUACAUCUCCUAUUCGUCGUUAUGAUGUAUGAAUUAACAAUAACUUAUUAAUUCUUUUAAGUUUUUAUAAUAAAUAUUUAAAAUUAA